CGAGUUGUACCGGAAGUGAGCAACUCGACAAAAUGGCGAUCACCACUGGGUGGUCGUUUGCAGCAUUGGCUGCUUGUUUUUUGCUCUUUACCUGGAAGGAUUUGACACAGUCACAAGAAAUUAAUAUAAAUGCUCACAAGGACAUCAAGGCCCCCAAACUUGCGCAGUUUGCGGGCCCCACUAUAAGAUUUAUGUUCUGUUAUUCCUGAGGGUACCGGAAAGUGUUUGACCAGUAUGCUCAAGCACUUCACGACCGCUUCCCUAGUCUGACGGUUGUUGGCGACAAUUACCCUCCGCCACCCGUCAAGGCUAUGCUUGCUCAGUUCUUUUCUAUCUUUAAACUUGUCCUCAUUGGUCUGGUUGUCUCUGGAUACAAUCCUUUCCCUCUCCUCAACAUUGAAACCCCUGCCGCCUACAGAUGGGCAACGGAAAAUAAGAUAUAUGCCUGCCUCAUGGUGUUUUUCAUUAGCAAUGCUGUAGAAGGGCAACUCAUUUCUACAGGGGCUUUUGAAGUUUCUUUCAAUGAUGUGCCUGUCUGGUCGAAACUGGAGACAGGACGUAUACCUUCCCCAUCUGAGAUGUUUCAAAUGAUUGACAAUCACAUGAGACUGAGCAACAACCAGCAAGUACAGUAGACCUGGGCCUUGUCUAACACGUCCGAUGUUUGCCAGAUGAGCCCACUUUGACUGGAAGCAAGUUGGCGCACUGCUGUCCUGAACUCAUGAAGGUCCAAGUUCAAAGCCACCCGUGCUGACUUGGACCGGAUCCCUGUCAGAGUACAGCCGUCAUCCAAUUUCCUCUGCAGUUACUGUUGCUCAGCUGGCAAGAAUUGCAACUGUUGGCUACAAGGCUUCUUUCUGUCUAUUAGUUCAGACAAGAAGAAAUCCAUUCAUGGUUUGAAAUCAGCACUAGAAAUUUGUACAAGAGGUAACUGUUUUAUGUAAUAAUUUAUGGUGAAUUAUGCAAUUAUGUCAAGUAUUCUUGUCAUACAGAAAGAACUUGUAUUAUGAUGUAAUGGAUGUGUUUGUUGAAUGUUGGCAUGUAUAAAAUGGCAGACUGCUAGCACGUCAAUGCUGUUACUGGAUUGACGUUUGUCAUGUUUGAUGGGGCUGUAAUGUACUUGAAAAUUCUGUAUCACUACGUUGACUGAAACAUGCUGUGAUGUACAAAGUAAUCGUAGUAGAGUGAGUGAGUGAUCAGUUGAAGGAAUUAGACUCCAUGCGGAUUUUGAAUCUGUUAUUAAUCUUUGUCAUUGUAAAACAUUAGUAAUUUGUCAUUGAAAUACACCUUGUAUUAGUUAUGAAGGAUUUGCUGGUCGCGAGUUUGAAUUCCACAGUGGCACUGGUUAUGGCCGUUUGUUUACCAUCACUCUGCCCAUGAUCCUUGGUUUCAGCAGAGCGAUAAGUGCCAACCAGUUCGGGCUUUCCCCCCAGAGUAAGCCUGCAGAGACAACGAAAUACCAUAUUUCCUCUAUUAGAUGUCGGGCCUCUAAUAGAAGCCGGGUCAAUUGUUCAGUGCAAAAAAUAGAAGCCGGGACUCUAAUAUUAGACGCCGGGUCGAUCAAUUGAAACAAUUAAUGAUCCCUUUUAGUGAAAUGGGGGUAUUAAUAGAAGCUGGGCCUCUAAUUGACGCCGGGUCAAAGACUUGUCCGAAAUAAAUAGAACGCUGGGCGCCUAUUAGAGGAAAUACGGUACUGUUCAAAGUGGAGUAAGCCCCAACUCACUCACUCACUCACUCUCCCAUUACCAACACUCGCUGUUUGUUACCCUGUCAGUUGAUAUAUAUUUGGCAAAUAUGUCUUCAAGGAAAUCUUUUUGUUUAAAUUAGUGUGACAAUUAAAUGUAUUGAUCCUUUUGAAGGAAUAUUCUUAUGGAUAUUCCAUGUUUAGGUCAGCCCUAAUAAAUCGUAUUUAAAGACAUUCAUACAGAUAUUUUCUUACAGGUAUGCAGAGGGGUAAAAAGCAAGGGAAUUGUAUUCAGUUUCUAUUAAUCAUGUUUGAAAGUUCUUUGAGAUUGAUCCUGUGGCACUUAGCAUGCUGGCAUGAGGUUAAUGAUGUAUGCAUUGUAUUCAGAUUUUGAUUCUAUUACACAAGAAUAAUAUUUUGAUAGUGUUUUUUUUAAAUAGACUGCACUAAUGUUGGGUGUCUAUUCCUUUUUCUUGGAUCCAAAUGUUCGCCAUUGGGGUGCACAACCUGCACUAUCAAAGAAAUCAAAAUUUGUAUUUUUGAGGAGAUCUGUAUUUAAGAGGAUUGACAUUUAAGGAGUUUGGUACGAUAUCCAGAAAAAGUGACUCUGUAAUCAUGUUGUUCGUUGUGAUGUUAUAUACUGGUUUAAUUUACAUGUGUAUCACAGGUUCUAUAUUCUGGUGUCCAUCCCUGUUUUAUGAACAAACUUACUGGUGCCAUUUUCAGCUUUUGUCAUGGCCUUUAAAACUCACGUUAAAUAUCACAAAGAUUAUCAAUUAUCAUCAUGUCAAUGGCUAUGUCUAUGGUAUAUGCAGGGGGCACAGGUGGCCCAGCCCUCUAGGGUGCUGAGAUUUGCUUUGCAGAGUUGCGUCCCUUGGGCACGCCAGAAACCUAUGAUUGUGGGUUCGAAUCACGGUUCGCCCCGAUUAUAUUUCUAGGAUUGUUAGCACCGUACCCGUGCUCGUGGUAAACGUCGAAGACCUGCAUCACUUCGGGCUUUCCUCCCACAUAAAGCUGACACGCCGCAAUAUAACUGGAAUACUGUUGAAAGCGGCGUUAAACCCAACUCACUCACUAUGAUAUAUGCACAAAUUGCACGUCCAUAUGUUUAAGUAUGAUGAUGUACAGCUAUGAUUCCAGGCUUGCCUCCUGCUCCACUGGUUUGUCCAGCACAUCAUGAUAGACAGUUGGGACGUCAUUGACAUUCGCUGAACACAUUUUGGGUUGGUGGGUUGCCUAGCGGUUAAAGCAUUUGUUUAUCACACUGAAGGCUCGGGUUUGAUUCCCAGUAUGGGUACAAUGUGUUAAACCCAUUUCCCCCCUGCUGGACAUUAUUGGAGUAUGACUAUAAGCAGUAAAAAGAACAUACUCUCUAAUAUCCUUCAAGUAACUUCCCUAUCGCGUAUCGGGUUGUUGGCAAUACAUAACCUUGUUGUAAGCAUCCUUGAUCAUCCAGGGUAUUGUUACCCUUGGUCCAUUUGCUAUGAAUGUUCUUUAGCUGGAAUUAAUGUCAUUCCUGAGUAUAAAGCUGGGCCCAGUUACCCCUACUCCGAGUUGUAUUAGAACCAAACAAUUGUCAUAUCGCCACUUGGACGAACAGUCAAAUUGAAAAGGACAUUUUUGGUAUUGUUACAAUCAAACCAGACUCAAAACAUGGCUAAACUGUAUGGUGGUGCAUUUGUUUGGAUACUUAUUGUAAUAUAACGGCAAUAAAAUACCCUGGAUUAGCGUGGAUGCAGUUAUCAAUGUGGUAUAUGGAAUGGAAGACUUACCAGUCAACCUGUAUGUUCAGAAGCAACACAACUAAGCAACAAGACCCCUCCAGUAUCUUGCUGUGUGUAACUGUAGGGGGUAGUGGGAGGGGGUUCUUCCAUCCAGUCUUUGGGGACUAGGGACCUUCACUCUUGUCAGCCAUCAUUCCAUGCUUUUGUUGUUAUAUGACCUAGAUAUUCUGAUGUAAUAUUUCAUUUCCCCCCCUCUUGUGAAAUAUAUGUAAAUAAAAUUUGUGAUUUACAGUGUG